GUAAUAAAGAAGGGUUCACAUUUGUUGCUAAUUUAGUCAAAAUCCCAAAUUCACACAGGGUUUCCUGUCGGGUUGAAAAAAUCCAUUCUUUCUCUCUUUCUCCAUCAUCAGUCACUUUCUCUGUUUUUUUACAGAGGAUGCGAAGCAAAACCCACUAACAAUUAACGACCAGUUUUUGGGUAUAUAUGAAAAGAAUAGGGAAGAGAAAAAUGGAGGAGUGAAAAAGGGGUUAAAAAUUUUGAAAAGGGGAAAAGAAAGGUCCAAAAUAUGAGCUCAAAAGCCAGAUAAAGAGUGGAGCUUGGGGUUGUGUGUAGUGUGUUUGUUCAUAAAGCUAAGAAUUUUGCAAAUGUCACAAGAUCCUCAGGAGAUAAAGGCGGUUGAGCAGUGGAAAUGGUCUGAAAUGCAAGGCCUUGAGCUUGUGUCUGAUCCUCCCCCUCCUUCUGAUCCUUUUAAAGCCAGCCCAUCAUCCACACCCACAACAACUUCCACACCUUCAACACAACGCAAGAACCCCAGGGAGGGGCAAGAAGUAGGAGGUCAAGUGCAUGGUAGAAGGGAAAUGGAGAGCUCUUCUUCCGAACCGAAGAAAGAUGGUAGCAUUGGUGGGGGUAGUGGGGAGAAGCCAAGGGAUGUUCCCUCAAUUGGGUUUGGUGAGCUUUUCAGAUUUGCAGAUGGUUUGGAUUAUGCGUUGAUGGGAAUUGGUUCUGUUGGCGCAUUUGUACAUGGCUGCUCUUUGCCUCUCUUUCUUCGUUUCUUUGCCGAUCUUGUCAACUCUUUUGGGUCUAAUGCCAAUAACACUGACAAGAUGAUGCAAGAAGUAGUCAGGUAUGCAUUCUACUUUCUUGUGGUGGGUGCUGCAAUCUGGGCAUCUUCAUGGGCUGAGAUAUCCUGUUGGAUGUGGACUGGAGAGAGGCAAACAACAAAGAUGAGAAUCAAGUACCUAGAAGCGGCUUUGAACCAGGACAUUCCGUACUUUGAUACUGAGGUCAGAACAUCAGAUGUUGUUUUUGCUGUCAACACUGAUGCAGUGAUGGUUCAGGACGCCAUUAGCGAGAAGUUGGGUAAUUUCAUUCACUACAUGGCAACGUUUGUGUCUGGUUUUGUGGUGGGUUUCACUGCAGUGUGGCAGUUAGCUUUGGUCACACUUGCGGUGGUUCCUCUCAUAGCUGUGAUUGGAGCUAUCCACACCACCACAUUAACCAAACUCUCAGGAAAGAGUCAAGAAGCCCUAUCACAAGCAGGAAACACUGUUGAACAGACAGUAGUUCAAAUACGGGUUGUUCUGGCAUUUGUUGGAGAAUCAAGAGCAUUACAAGUCUACUCCUCAGCGUUGAAAGUUGCUCAGAAGCUCGGUUACAAGUCUGGAUUUGCAAAGGGAAUGGGACUUGGUGCAACUUAUUUUGUUGUUUUCUGUUGCUAUGCCCUUCUUCUUUGGUAUGGUGGUUAUCUUGUUAGGCAUCAUUACACCAAUGGGGGGCUUGCUAUAGCCACUAUGUUUGCAGUCAUGAUCGGUGGACUGGCUUUGGGACAGUCUGCACCAAGCAUGUCAGCAUUUGCAAAGGCAAAAGUUGCUGCUGCAAAAAUUUUCCGUAUAAUUGAUCACAAGCCCAGUGUCGAUAGAAACAGUGAAUCAGGUUUGGAAUUGGAGUCUGUUACUGGACUAGUAGAGCUUAAAAAUGUUAAUUUCUCAUACCCAUCAAGACCAGAUGUUAAGAUCCUCAACAAUUUCUCCCUAAGUGUGCCUGCUGGAAAAACCAUAGCUUUGGUUGGGAGCAGUGGCUCUGGUAAAAGUACUGUGGUGUCCCUCAUUGAGAGAUUCUAUGAUCCCACCUCAGGAGAAGUGCUGCUAGAUGGACAUGACUUAAAGACAUUGAAACUGAGAUGGCUGAGGCAACAAAUAGGGCUUGUGAGCCAAGAGCCUGCUCUUUUUGCUACCACCAUUAAAGAAAAUAUACUCCUGGGUAGGCCUGAUGCUGAUCAAAUUGAGAUAGAAGAGGCUGCCAGAGUUGCCAAUGCCCAUUCGUUUAUUGUAAAGCUCCCCGAUGGCUUCGAUACCCAGGUUGGAGAGAGGGGGGUCCAACUUUCAGGAGGGCAGAAGCAAAGAAUUGCUAUAGCCAGGGCAAUGUUGAAGAACCCAGCAAUCUUGCUGUUGGACGAGGCAACAAGUGCAUUGGACUCAGAAUCAGAAAAACUGGUCCAAGAGGCUCUUGACCGUUUUAUGAUUGGAAGGACAACCCUUGUCAUUGCCCACCGCCUUUCUACCAUCCGCAAGGCUGAUCUAGUAGCUGUACUUCAACAGGGGAGUGUCUCUGAAAUUGGAACACAUGACGAGCUUAUUGCCAAGGGAGAGAAUGGUACCUAUGCCAAGCUCAUUCGCAUGCAAGAGAUGGCACAUGAAACUGCCCUGAAUAAUGCCAGAAAAAGUAGUGCAAGGCCAUCCAGUGCGAGGAACUCAGUAAGCUCACCAAUAAUUGCCAGGAAUUCCUCAUAUGGCCGAUCACCAUACUCACGAAGGCUAUCUGAUUUCUCAACUUCUGACUUUAGUCUUUCUCUUGAGGCCUCACAUGCCAAUUAUCGGCUUGAAAAGCUUGCCUUUAAGGAACAAGCCAGUUCUUUCUGGCGUCUUGCAAAAAUGAAUUCUCCUGAAUGGGUUUAUGCUUUAGUUGGUUCAGUAGGUUCUGUAAUCUGUGGCUCUCUGAGUGCUUUCUUUGCAUAUGUUCUGAGUGCAGUCCUCAGUGUCUACUACAAUCCGAAUCAUGCUUAUAUGAUAAGAGAAAUUGGAAAAUACUGCUACUUGUUAAUUGGACUUUCAUCAGCUGCACUUCUCUUCAACACACUACAGCAUUUCUUCUGGGAUAUUGUGGGAGAAAACCUUACAAAACGAGUGAGGGAGAAAAUGCUGACUGCAUUGCUGAAAAAUGAAAUGGCAUGGUUUGAUAAAGAGGAAAAUGAGAGUGCUCGGAUUGCAUCAAGGCUGGCCCUCGAUGCCAACAAUGUUAGAUCAGCCAUUGGAGACCGGAUUUCUGUGAUUGUGCAGAACACAGCACUCAUGCUAGUUGCUUGCACUGCUGGAUUUGUUUUGCAGUGGCGUCUUGCUCUUGUCCUGAUCGCAGUCUUCCCUGUAGUUGUUGCAGCAACUGUUUUACAGAAAAUGUUUAUGAAUGGUUUCUCGGGAGACUUAGAAGCUGCUCAUGCCAAAGCCACACAACUAGCUGGAGAGGCCAUAGCCAAUGUAAGGACUGUGGCUGCCUUCAACUCAGAGAACAAAAUUGUUGGCCUUUUCUCCUCUAGCCUUCAAGCUCCAUUAAAGCGCUGCUUUUGGAAGGGACAGAUUGCUGGAAGUGGAUAUGGGAUAGCUCAGUUUGCGCUUUAUGCUUCCUAUGCCCUAGGUCUUUGGUAUGCUUCCUGGCUUGUGAAGCAUGGGAUAUCUGAUUUCUCAAGGACCAUCCGAGUUUUCAUGGUCCUCAUGGUCUCUGCCAAUGGUGCUGCAGAAACACUGACCUUAGCUCCUGACUUCAUCAAGGGAGGUCGAGCCAUGCAGUCAGUCUUUGAUCUUCUUGACCGCAAAACAGAAAUUGAACCUGAUGAUCCUGAUGCCACUCCAGUACCUGACCGCCUUCGUGGAGAAGUUGAGUUUAAGCAUGUUGACUUUUCCUACCCCUCACGCCCUGAUGUCCCUAUCUUCCAUGAUCUUUCUCUUCGUGCUCGAGCUGGGAAAACCCUUGCCCUUGUUGGUCCUAGUGGAUGUGGUAAGAGCUCAGUUAUUGCCCUUAUACAGAGAUUCUACGAGCCAUCAUCUGGACGUGUCUUGAUUGAUGGAAAGGACAUUAGAAAAUACAAUCUUAAGUCCCUGAGAAGACACAUUGCAAUAGUUCCCCAGGAACCUUGCCUCUUUGCUACUACCAUCUACGAAAAUAUUGCCUACGGUAAUGAAUCAGCAACUGAAACUGAGAUUAUUGAAGCAGCCACAUUAGCCAACGCUGAUAAGUUCAUAUCAUCACUGCCUGAUGGCUACAAAACAUUUGUAGGGGAGAGAGGAGUUCAGCUUUCUGGAGGCCAGAAACAGAGAAUUGCAAUUGCUAGGGCUCUUGUUAGGAAGGCAGAGCUAAUGUUGCUCGAUGAGGCAACAAGUGCUCUUGAUGCUGAGUCAGAGAGAUCCGUCCAGGAGGCUCUAGACCGUGCCUGUUCAGGGAAAACCACCAUUGUGGUGGCUCAUCGGCUAUCAACUAUCAGAAAUGCUCAUGUUAUUGCAGUCAUUGAUGAUGGAAAAGUGGCAGAGCAAGGCUCACACUCUCACCUACUGAAAAAUUACCCUGAUGGAUGCUAUGCCCGCAUGAUACAAUUACAAAGGUUUGCACAUAACCAAGUAAUGGGAAUGGCAUCAGGCUCAAGUUCCUCAUCAGCAAGACCUAAUGAAGAGAAAGAAACCUAGUACAGCAAAGACAAGAGGACAAUAAUAUCCCACCAUACUUAUGAUUUUCCUUUUCGUUUCUCUCUCUCUCUCUCUCUCUCUCUCUCUCUCUCUCUUUUUGGGUUGAGAUUUAAGGUUAUAAUAUAGUAUAGUAUGUGUAUUAUCUAAAUUUUUUUUUACUAUGUAUUUUAUCUUCCUGGAUCCUUCGAAGGGAAUGAUAAUGACAAACAGUUCCUUGAGAUUGAAUU